AUGGCACCGAAACCUCCGUCAGGGACAUCGUCCCGAGCCUGGGACGCUGUGAAUCCUCCGCUGUCGGAAUGGGUGCUUGACGCUGUCUCCUCGAUGGGGUUCACCCGCAUGACACCGGUCCAAGCAUCGGCCAUUCCUCUAUUUAUGGCUCACAAGGAUGUUGUCGUUGAGGCUGUCACUGGGAGCGGAAAGACUCUUUCAUUCUUGAUUCCAGUAGUGGAGAAGUUGUUGCGCCUUGAAGAGCCCAUCAAGAAGCAUCAUGUCGGCGCCAUCAUCGUUUCUCCAACAAGAGAACUCGCUUCGCAGAUCUACAACGUUUUGACAUCCCUACUCGCGUUCCAUCCCGCUUCGGCGGCUGUGAUAAACACUUCCGAAACCGAAGACGUUCCCCGGCCUAAACACUCUUCCUCCGUUCUUAGAGUCGUUCCGCAGCUCCUGCUUGGAGGCUCGACCUCGCCUGCAGAAGAUCUGAGCACCUUUUUGAAGCGCUCUCCGAACCUCUUGGUGGCUACUCCGGGUAGACUUCUCGAGUUGCUUUCCUCCCCGCACGUUUACUGCCCACAAUCGUCCUUUGAGAUGCUUGUCUUAGAUGAAGCGGACAGGUUGUUGGAUCUUGGCUUCAAGGAAACACUGCAGAACAUUUUGCGCCGACUUCCGAAACAAAGGCGGACGGGGCUUUUCAGUGCUAGUGUAAGCGAAGCUGUUGAUCAGAUUGUCCGCGUCGGCCUGCGUAAUCCUGUCAAGGUCGUGGUCAAGGUCAAGGGGGCGUCGGGAGUUGAUGACAAGCGUACCCCCGCCAGCCUUCAAAUGACCUAUUUGACUCAACCACCAACCGGUAAAUUUCCAGCACUAAAGCACAUUCUUAAUUCAGUGCAACCGACGCCCUCCAAAUCAAUAUUCUUCGUGUCAACUUGCUCAGGUGUCGACUACUUAUCUGUCAUCCUCCCGUUGAUACUUGGCAACGAUUUCCAGUUAAUACCUCUUCACGGAAAACACCCUGCAAACGUGCGUCAAAAGAAUUUCAACCGUUUCGUUAACGCUCACAACCCGGCCAUCCUUCUCACCACAGACGUCGCUUCCCGCGGGCUGGACAUUCCGUCGGUGGACCUCGUCGUUCAGAUAGACCCUCCUUCGGACCCAAAGACCUUCAUUCAUCGAUGCGGUCGUGCCGGCAGAGCCGGUCGUAGAGGUCUUAGUGUGGUUCUGCUCCAUCCGGGCAGGGAAGAAGAUUACGUCUCCUUCCUAGAAGUACGGAAGACCCCAGUUGCGCCUUUUCCGCACCCCAUCACUGUUUCCGACGCCGAAGCCGCCGCCGCUACAGAAACUGCUCGGAAAGUAGUAAAGGCAGACCGCGCAAUCCAUGACCGCGGCCAAAAGGCCUUUGUUAGUUGGCUAAGGAGCUACAGCAAACAUCAAGCAAGCAGCAUUUUCCGCGUCGCGGACCUGGACUGGGAGGGCCUAGGGAAAGCGUGGGGACUACUGAAGCUGCCGAAGAUGCCCGAAUUGAAAAAUUUCAAGGGAGACAAAACUCUUGGUGUCCAAAUGGAUUGGGAUACGUACGCAUACAAGGAUAAGCAGCGCGAGAAGCGUCGCUUAGAGCUCCUACAAGAGAUGGCGGAAUCUGGCCAACAACAAACAACGAACAAGAAGCGUCCGAACGAGACUGUGGCCUGGAGCAACAAUGCUGAGAACAGAAACAAGAAGGCCAAACGGCGCGACAUGAAACAGGUGCGGCAGGAGAGGAAGCGGUGGGAGAAGAUGACGGAGGAAGAGAAGAAGAAGGCUCUCGAGACAGAGCAGAUGCUCGAGCAAAUUAGGGCAAAAAAUGAAGAGCAAAGGCGGCUGAAACGCGCAGCUGCUAAAGCGGACAAGGACGCAGAGGAAGGUGGAGACGAGGAAUUCACGGGCUUCGACUAG